AUGACCGAAGACACCUUUGCAUUCAGUGAGGAGGAUCUCGAGACCUUGGCAGAACCAUACGACGCGCUGGUAAUUUCAUUCCUUUUAAGCAAAGUUCAAAUUAAACGUGUGCUCGUGGAUCCAAGCAGCUCGGCCAAUGUAAUCAGGUCAAAGGUAGUAGAACAACUUGGGUUGCUUGAUCAAAUCAUGCCCGCCUCCCAGGUUCUCCACAACUUCAACAUGGAUGGUGAAAUAAAGAAAAGAGAGAUCCUCUUCCUGGUAGACAUGUCCGGUGCAGUCCAGAAUACCAAGUUCCACGUCAUCAUUAGUGACAUGAGGUACAACGCAUUGCUUGGCAGGCCAUGGAUACACAGCAUGAGGGCGGUGCCGUCGACUCUUCACCAGAUGAUAAAAUUUCCAACAACAAUGGCAUAA